AUGCUCUGUCAUCGAGGACUUCUUCUACUCCACUCGAAGUGCUUCAUUAUUAAUUCCACGGUGAAUAACUACUACGUUGAAGCAGAUUUUCAAGACCCCAGUUCGCUAUUUGGUACAAACUGCCACAAUCUGGUGGACAUAUGCCUUGGACCAGUGGACUUCUAUUCAGAUGUAGCAAUAUAUGAAAGCCAAGAAUUGGAUCACGUUGCUCACCUGAUAAAGGAAGUCAUCAAUCCAAAUCCAGUUUUGAAGUAUGUGGAUGACUCCCUGGGAUCCAUCACUAUGACCACCAUUAACGAAAUUGAGGAGCAAUGUCAGGUUGUGGCAGAAAUCCCAGACCAACCAAUCGUGGAACUCGAUGAUAAUUUCCUGGAACUGGAGAAACCAACCAUUGGAAUUUCAGAUCUGGAAAGAGAAUUAGAUAGUUUGAUGAAGAAUACUAAAAUUUAUCUGGAUAAGGCGCGAGAAUAUAUGAAGAAGAUUGAAGAAAUUGCAGAUUUUGUCGACAGCCAAAUCUGCGACCCUCCGAAAAAGAAGAUUAGAAAUGCAUUUGAAGCAGAGGAGCCGAUAUUUGACUUUGAGGAAGAAGUGGAGGAUGAAGAUUCAGCAGAGGGUGAACAAGAAGAUAGUUUGAUUUAUCAUGUCGAAGCUAUCCGUGAUAUCAGCUCUGCUUACCGUGAUGCCGGGCACGAGAUUAAAAAUGCUUUCAUGAAUCUUAUGGUUGGUAAACCAUACGCAAAAAUUCUGGAUGAGCGCCCCUUAAUGGUUCCCAAACUCAAAUCCGCGAAAUCGAUCCAAGGGUUGAGACCACAAUUUAUUAAUACAAUUUUGUAUUCUACGGUGUCAAAUAAUGCUGAAAAUAUGGAAAUUGGUAGCCAUUGGCUAGAUGCUCCAACUAUUUCCUCUACAUCAAAACUAAAACUUUGUCGGUUUGUAUUAUUACCCCUUGGGCUGCUAUUUAUCAUGUAA